UAUCUCGAAGAGAAGAGAGACGCCUUUCCGCGUUUCUACUUCCUGGGCGAUGACGACCUCCUUGAGGUGCUGGGCCAGGCGACGAACCCCAGCGUGAUUCAAGCCCAUCUCGGUAAGUUGUUUCAAGGCAUCAACAGGGUUCGCCUCAGUCAGGCGUCGGGAAAGAGCCAAACCACAUCACUUGCCGAGGCAAGUGACCAGAGCGACGACGAGAGUAGAGACAAUUGCAGACUCACUCAGCUAAGCCACCCACCAGGCGCCCCAGUACCUGGAACAUCUCUACGAGUUGCCGGCACAGAUGCGGAUUUCGCUCUGAAGGCCAUCGUUUCGGUGGAGGGCGAGGUGGUUCCACUACUGAAGAUAAUUCAGGCAAGUCAUUCUUCCUCAGUCACCUACGACUCCCGGCAGUCGUAA